AUGCCCUGUGAAGCAGCCAAGGAAAAAGUCAGAUGCAAAAUGGACAGUGGGAUGCAGGCGUACAAAGGCAGAGCUGGGAGCUCCCCCAGGGCUCAGCCUGGGACAACCCCGGCAGUUUUUGGCUGCCAUAUGGAGGACGACACCAAACGUGUCCAGCCCAUCCCGCUCCCGGCCAUGCAGCAGAACUUGAACUACGUCUACCCCCCGAUUUUUUGGGUGGACGGCUGUGCUGAAACAAGUACUUCCUGCCCCUCGGCACCCCCUGUUGCUCCUUUCCCACCUCCAGUACCCGACCGAAGGAGAAAGCCAGGGAAAAAUAGAGAAAGGAAGGGCUUUGACUUCCUGGUGAUCUACUUGCUGCUCCUGCUGGCCUUCACUGGAGUGGGGCUGAGCAUGUUUCGGAUUUUUCAACUGGAGAAGGAACUGGCUGAACUCAGAGAGUCUGCCAGCGCUGAGCACAUCCCUCCAGCUCUGGAGAAACUCAUAGGGCAGAAGGAGUCAAUGAAAAAAGAAGAAAGAAAGGCAGCACACUUAACAGGGAGCCCAUCUCAGCAGGGCCUCCCUCUGGAGUGGGAGCCCAUCUCUGGCCAUGCCUACACCAGUGACAUUCAGUACCGUGACCGGGGGCUCGUCAUCAACGAGACAGGGCUGUACUUCGUGUACUCCAACGUGCUGUUCCGGGGCAGUGUCUGCGACGGCCAGGUGCUCACACACAUUGUCUACAAGAGAAACCCGACCUCCCCGGGCAGCCACGUGCUGAUGGAGGACAAAGGCAUCAACUACUGCACGGGUCAGAGGACAUGGGCCCGGAAAAGCAACCUGGGAGCUCUGUUCAGUCUCAGGAAGAUGGACAGCGUGCACGUCAACGUCUCCAAAAUCGCUCUGGUUAAUUUUGAGGAAUCCAAGACUUUCUUUGGCUUGUUUAAGCUUUGAAGUGGAGUGUGGCCAGCAGCCCCCCUCACACACACACACACACGCACUCUAGGAUGUGAGGGCUGCCUGAGUGCAGUGGCCAAACUGGGGUCACACACCACGGAACUCACCAAGAAACCAUGUGUUGGCCUUCAGCGUGAGAGGGUUCAAGCCACUGGUAAAGGCUUAAAAGGGGACACCUGGGAAGCACCAGAGCUGUACUGUGUCAACCUGAAGAGAAUUGCACAUAUUCUCCUUACAAAGAAACCCCCAGCAAACUCAAAACGUGGUGUGCUGCAGACCCUAAUGAAACUCACUACUUGCUACCUGAGAAGAUGCUGGGGCCUGCAGCCCCACAUGGUGUCAUGGCCCUGGUGAGCUGGGGCCAGCAGGGACAGCUGGUGGGCAUUAUGGAGGUCCCUUGAGCCCGGACUGCAAGUGCCUGGGUUGUGCCACACUGCAGGGAGUGGUGUGGAAAUGAGUAGUGCCAACAACUGCUCACCCUGGGCCAUGGCUGCCCACCCUGCCUGGGCACUGGGCUCUGUGCCUGCUGUCCAACGGGCACCUGCCUGCAAGCCAGGCUGUUACAGCUGGUGUGUUCAUCUUGUGUUUAGUUAUCGAACUGUUCCCAUCCCAGAAAAUGCUCCUCAAGCCCUUUAUUUAACUCCUCCCAAGUACCUUGCACGGAACAUGCCAGAAGCAGUGGUGGCAUGAGGGGGGUCCUGACCCUGGAGUGGAACCAUGACCACGCUGUGGGGGUGGAUCAGGUGGGGAGGCCACGUGCUCUGCUGACAGGAUCUGAACAGCAGGGUAGUGGGGCUUAAGGUGAAAGCACCAUUUCCACCCCACCUCCUGCUCUUUCCAGAUGUGAGGAUCCCCUGUGGAUCUGCCACCCCCUUCAUGAUGCAUAUGGUGACAUGUUGGCAUCUAUCCAUGGCAUGGCUUCAGUUGAGCCCCUUGUCAUGAGAUGU